GCGAUAGGUAAACAGUCCGAACGCGGGGAGUACAAAAUCUGCAGUUGUUUCGUCGCAAUUGUACUCCAAAUUCAUCAAGUUAUGUUCGUUUUUAGUGUUAUCAAGUAUUCAAAAUAAUCUAGGUACUAAAAUCAAGAAAAUGCCGUUGUUUGGGAAGAUAGUCGUUAUCAAGCGGAACGAGUCGGAUGGAGCCAACUUUCCACUCACUCUAAAGCAGUGCUUAUUUGGAAGGACUAAUGAAUGUGACAUCAGGAUCCAGCUUCCUAAUGUGUCAAAGGAACAUUGUCGCAUUGAUGUUGUUGGAACUGACAAAGUUACACUAACCAAUCUGAGCGAAGUUAAUCCGACCAAGAUCAAUGGGAAGACCCUGAGUGAUAAAGUCAGUCUCAAGCACAAGGAUGUCUUCACCAUCGUUGACCGCUCCUUCCGGUUUGAGUUUCCCCCAGGCCACAACCUCCGACAAUCGCCUGGAAAGGGAGAACCCUCUACGGUCCAGAGUCCAGUUGUGUCAUCUACCAGUGGUUCUAAACUCAAGACUCCACAAAAGACCCCAUCUAAGAGCCAAGAAAAGACGCCGUCCUCUGCCAAGAAGACAGCGACUCCGAAGACCAGUCCAGCGUCCAAGAAAUCUCCCAAGGUGACUCCUAAGGCGUCUCCUAAGGCAUCUCCUAAAGCGUCUCCUAAAGCGUCUCCUAAGGAAACGACUCCCAAGGUGAAAACUCCCAAGGCGACGACUCCCAAGGCGACGACUCCCAAGGCGACGACUCCCAAGGCAUCACCUAAGGUGGCGACUCCCAAGUCUGCCAAGAAGACUCCGGUGACCAGCACCACACCGGUCAAAGUCAAGACUGAAAGUCCAAUGAAGGAAACUCCCACCUCUGCCAAGAAGAACCAGCGCAGCUCUCUCGGAUCGAUCAAGAAGAGCGCAUCAAAGAAACCAAAUGUUGACAGCCCCAGAAACCCCAAAGGAUCAGCAAAAUCUCUGAAGAAAAGCAUCGGCCAGCUCAGACGUCUUUCUGCUCCUGUUAAGGAAGAGAGAGAGGAAGCUUCACCCAAGGUUGUCAAAGCCUCACCUAAAGCCGCCUCCAAGACCUCCCCGAAGGCUGCUGCAAAGACCCCAUCCAAGUCUGCUUCCAAGACCCCGCCCAGAGCAUCCCCAAAAGCCAAGACGCCUGUGAGCAACAAAAAGACUCCAGUAUCCAGCAAGAAACGAAGAUCAACAGACAACAUUGCUCCAAGUGCCAAACGCAAGCGUGUUUCAUUUGGUCCUCAGCUAAGCCCAGAGCGCUUUGACAAGCACAUGCCACCUCGCACUCCUCUACGCCGAGGUGCAACCCCAACCAACAGGCGAUCCUUCAGUGGUUUGACUGAAAGUCCUAAGGUUCUUGGUCUCAUCAAGAGGCAGCGUCACUCUCUGGCUGCUACUGUCAUCCAAGAGGAAUUUGAAAAGGCCAAGUCUCCAGCCAAAUCACCAGUCAAGUCACAAGCGAAAUCACCGGCCAAGUCUCCGGCGAAAUCACCGGUCAUGUCUCCGGCCAAAUCUCCAGCGAAAUCACCAGCCAAGUCCCCAGCCAAGUUGCCUGCAAAGUCCCCGGCCAAGUCCCCGGCCAAGUCACCAGCCAAGUCGCCGGCCAAGUCCCCAGCCAAGUCCCCGGCCAAGUCGCCUGCCAAGUCACCGGCCAAGUCGCCGGCCAAGACACCUGCCAAGACACCAGAAAAGUCACCGGCUAAAACACCUGCUAAAUUGCCUACCUCUGCAAAGAAGUCUCCACAAACUACUCCGAAGUCAUCCAAGACACCCAGAAAAUCCCUUUCAAAGACCCCUAAGAAAUCGCCCAUUAAAAUCAAGUUGCACGUAAAACCACCAUCCCCUGCCAAGGCAGAAGCAACCAUGUCAACCACUGCAAGUCCAAAACCAGCGACUCCAAAGGCGAAAACCCCAGUGAAGGCAGCGUCUCCUAUUACUCCAGUCACCUCAAAAAGGCCAGCAAAUAAGACGCCAAAGGAAAACAAGUCUCCUGCUAAUGAAAGCUUGAGUGGCAUCUCGGAAAUGUUCAAUACUCCUUCAUCAGUAAAGUCAGGCAAGGUGUCCAAACGAACACCUAAAUCGACUGCAAAGAAGAUAAAACAGCUGCCCACCCCAUUGAGGACUGCCAUCGUUGCUGCCGCUAAAGAAAGAGCCAUGCCAACACCAAAGAAAAUGGCCACACCACUGAAAGAGGCAAUCAAGAAGGCAGCAAACUCCAUCUCCAAUAAAGUCAUUCCCCCAAAAAUGGCCACUCCGAUGAAGAAGGAAAUCGCCAAAGUCGUUGCUGAGAAACCCAAGAAGGCCACCCCAGUGAAGAUGUCAACACCAGUUCAAAAGCAGAUCAAGGCUGCAGCUGCUGCAAGACCAAAAGUUGUUACUCCCAAGAAGAUGGAUACUCCCUUGAAGAAAGACAUCAAGGCCGCCGCAGCAGCCAGACCUAAGGUUCCCACUCCCAAGAAACUAGCCUCAGAGUUGCAGAAGGACAUCAAAGUUGCAGCAGACGAGAGGAAAGAUCGUGUUCCUAACAAGAAGAUUUCUCCCAGCCUAAAGUCAGAAAUUGAGCAGGGUAUUGCACUUAAAGCGGCCAAAAAACAACCGACGCCCAAGGCCAAGACACCAACCCCGAAGAAAGCCAAGACAAAGAAAUCACCAGCAGCCAAGACAACCACUCCUAAACUUGCAACACCAUCCCCGAAGGUAAAGGCAAUCACACCCAAGAUGGAGACACCAGUGCUGAAAACCAAGACCCCAACUCCGAAAGCUAAGACUCCUGCCACCAUCAAGAAGGCAGUGAAGAUUGUUGCUGAGUCCCCCAAGAAGACGCCAGCCAAGGCAACACCAAAACCCAAGACUCCGAAGGCUAAGACACCAAAAGCCAAGACACCCAAGGCCAAGACACCGAGGGCCAAGACCCCAGGAAAGGCGAAGACCCCAGGUCCCAUGAGGUGGGCUGACAUUGUGAAGAAGGGAGCAUCCAAGCCGUCUGCUGCUUCUGCCGUACUCGUCUCUAAGGCGCUUAGGAUAACGAAGGGCACCAAGGCCAGGCCGAUGUCAUCAAAACUUAAGACUCCAAAGGGCAAGAGAGUGUUUGGAGUUGGCAGCACAGGUCAUGCAGCAUCUCCUGCUACCAUCUUAAUUGGUCGAUCCAAACUAAAGGCCAAGACACCAGUCCGCACCAAGAAGGGCAGGAAGACGCCCUACAAGAAGCCACCUACCAAGAAAGAGAUGGCUGCCGCUGUUGACACAAGCUUCACCGGUUUAGCCGACUUGAUGACAACCCCAUCGCCGAAGAAGGGUAGGAAGUCACUCCUUGAUGCAGUGGCCAAUCUCCUCACACCGGAAGGUCCUGGCUUCAUGUCUGUGUCUCCUUUAUCAUCAAGAGUGGCAAGUCCACGCAAGAGCACAUCCCCCUACAAGAUGGUCUCACCACUUGUUCCUGGCCAGACUCCCAUUAAGUCAUCAAAGACGGUUACUUCCGCAGCAGCCCUUGCCGCCGUCAAAAUGGCAGGUAAGAGAGUUUCAGAGAAAUUUGUAUCUCCACUCAAAGAGGGAAAGACACCAAUGAAGACUGGUCAAGUUGUAACGGUGAAAGCUAAGACUCCUUCUAAAACGAAGACCCCUGCAAAAGCCAAGAGUCCUGCUAAAACAAAGACCCCUGCAAAAACAAAGACCCCUGCAAAAGCAAAGACACCUGUUAAGGCAAAGACCCCUGAAAAAUCUCCUCUCCUCUCUGGCCAGACUCCCAUUAAGUCAUCAAAGAUGGUUAAUUCCGCAGCAGCCCUUGCCGCCGUCAAAAUGGCAGGUAAGAGAGUUUCAGAGAAAUUUGUAUCUCCACUCAAAGAAGGAAAGACACCAAUGAAGACUGGUCAAGUUGUAACGGUGAAAGCUAAGACUCCUUCUAAAACAAAGACCCCUGCAAAAGCCAAGAGUCCUGCUAAAACAAAGACCCCUGCAAAAACAAAGACACCUGUUAAGGCAAAGACCCCUGAAAAAUCUCCUCUCCUCUCUGGAGUUCGUCUCCUCAUGAAGACGCCGUCAAGUGAGGCUGGGUCACCUGAUCUGACUGGAAUUGCUCGCGUGAUGAAGACUCCCAAAAACAAAGCUUCAAGUGCCAAGUCCACAGGCAGAAAAUCGAUGGGUUUGACUGGCAUUAAGCGGAUCAUUUCCACUCCCAAAACUAAAGUACUUGACCCCUAUGAAGACUUUGAAGGCAUUCCAGAUCUGUUCGUGUCCCCAGUACAGUCUGCUAUUAAGGCCAGCGCUAAGAAAGCAACAAAACGCAAGGCUUCACCUGCACCAGCUCCAUCUGCAAAACGUACUAAGGCCAAUACACCUGCUAAGAAAUCUCCUAAGAAAGUCAAAAUUACAGCUCCUACCCCCGUGAAGCCGAAGGUAGCAACCCCAAGUAAGAAGUCACCGUCUCCUGUCAAAAAGACAGUCAAGAAAUCUUUACCUGCUCCUGUCAAGACACAAUCCCCUGCUCCAGUCAAGAAACAGACACGAGGUAAAAAAGCGGCCACAGAAGAAACUAAGAAGGCCACUCCAGUGAAACGUGGGCGAAGAGGGGCUGCUGUAAAGACCCAAGCUAAGAAUGCUAAAACUCCAUCUCCAGCAAAGGUACAGGCAAAGACUCCUCAAAAGCAGACGCGUCGAGGUAGAAAGCCAGCAGUGGCACCUGUCACUCCUGAGGUUUCUGUUGAACCAACAACAAAGAAGACACGGGGGCGAGCAACGAAGAAAGUUACUGUAAAGUCAGUUGUUAAAAAGACCCCAGCUAAAAAGGCUCCGUCACCAGAAAAGAUUCCAUCACCCGCAAAGACUCCACAAAAGCAGACACGUCGAGGUAGAAAGCCAGCAGUGGCACCUGUCACUCCUGAAGUUACAGUGAAACCCUCGCCAAAGAAGACACGUGGGCGAACGACGAAACAAGUAAAGACCCCAGCUAAGAAGGCUCCAUCACCGGCAAAGAUUCCAUCACCAGCAAAGACUCCACAAAAGCAGACACGUCGAGGUAGAAAGCCAGCAGUGGCACCUGCCACUCCUGAGGUUACAGUGAAACCAUCUCCAAAGAAGACACGUGGGCGAACGACAAAACAAGUAAAGACCCCAGCUAAGAAGGUUCCAUCACCGGUAAAGACUCCCCAAAAGCAGACACGCCGAGGUAGAAAACCAGCAGCAGUACCAGCUACUCCAGAGGUUACAGUGAAACCCUCGCCAAAGAAAACGCGUGGGCGAGCCAAAAAGCAAGUAAUUGUAGUCUCACCAGCGAAGGCUGCACAAACAACCAAGCCCAUGGUAACACCCAAAAAGGCAGCCACACCAGCCAAGAAAGCCGCUUCAGCAAAGAAAACAUCAACUGCAAAGAAAGCCUCCGCAACAAAACGAAAAGCUGAUGAUAUUGUUGCUGUCGAGCCCAGUCCCAAAAAGACCCGAUCAGGGAGAGGAAGAAAGGCUAUCAGUUCGCCAGCACCACCCAAAAAAUCCCCCACAAAGAAAGCAGUCAAGCCAGCUGCUAACAAGAAAACCGUGACCCCAAAAUCACCAGUGGUCACUCCAAAGGUCAGCCGAUCUGGUCGCACCAGGCAACCAACGUCCAAACCAACUCCCAAGGCCAAGAAGGUAACACAAAAAAAGCAGGCAGCAGUCGCAGUCCUGAGCCCCAAGAAGACACGCCGAGGAACCAUCAAAAAGUAAGAUGCCUUUGAAAGUCAAAAGUGGUGAGUAGGAUAUUAGGCCGGAUUCAUGGAACUACAAGUGGCUAUGGCUGGAACACAAAAACUCAUAUUCUUCAUUGUUGUGGUUGAUGACCAUAGCUGUAGCCAAAGUCACUUGAUUUUGGGUCUUUUGUCAAUUACUAUGCAGUUUAAUUGGACCAACGUAAAAACUAAGAAUAAUAUUUUAAGGACGACAAAACUAUACUUAAAAAAAGAGCAUAAGAUUAAAUGUGUGUAAAUAAAGCUUGACUCUUGUAAAUAUUGUAAAAUAACCUCUUUUUCAAAUAUAACUUUUAAUUUUUUAAAGGCCUUUUUUGAGAAGUGACUGAAAUUUCUAACUGUACAUUCCUGAUUUACCACUAAUUCAAAACGUACAAUGUUGUGUCGGGUUAAUUAAAAGGUAAAUUUAGUCAUUUUUGCAAGAACAUGGCAUUUUUGUUUGUACCUUAGUGGAUUGGGGAAAAGAAACAUUUUCUUCCUAUUAAAUUAUGAUUUUAACUGUUAGUAACAGAUUUUAAAACACCCCCAACAAGAGGCAUUGAUAAACGCGGGAGAAAAGUAGGAAAUUGGAAAAGCGAAACCUUGGGGGUUUUUCUUUGCUUAUUUUUUAAAAGUUUAUAUUAAACUUUUUAAGUGGGGUGCAUUCCAGUAGAAAGUGCAUUUAGUGUUAAAAUAAAUCAUUUCUAUUAUUUUCUUUCUCUGCAUACUAGACAUUAGAUAAAUUUAACUCGUUCAAAUUUGCUCUAGGGCUCAGAAAUGUGUAUAAAAUAAGCAGUGCCAUGAAGCUGGACAUGUAGGCGUACUAGUGGGGGAAAAUGCAAUCUUCCAGAAAUUGCUUAAAUCUUGGUACGUUUAUGUUGUGUUAUUUCCUGAUAAACCGCUUUGCAUAGUUUGCCUCAUUUGUCAUUUAAAUUGCAACUGAUCUUGGCUCUGACUGAAGUGCGCUGUUGCUAGGUUGAAGCCUGCAUUUGACUAGCUUUUAGGAUUGUUCACAGCUAGUCUAUUUUGUUAUGAUUAGAAGUGAAAGUAAAGUCUUGCAGAAACAGUGACCCAUUCUUAGACCGGGAGUUACAUGUAUAAUAAUAGACUACUUCCCAAAAUACCUGGUGCCCAAUGCGAUUUUUUUAGCUGUAGAAUAAGGGGUAUUCUAUUCAUGCUGGUAUUAAGGCCGUGUCCGAAACGGCGACUUCGGCUACAGCUACGGCUAGAUCGCGCGCGUCUGCCUAUUCUUCAA